UAUUCCCUCGUCCACAAUGAAUGAUCUGUGUGUGCCGCUGCUGUGUCUUCUUGGUCUUCUGUCCGUGUGCUCCGCGUGCUACAUCCAGAACUGCCCUCGGGGAGGCAAGCGCUCCUUUCCAGACCAACCCCCACGACAGUGCAUGUCGUGUGGUCCGGGUGAUCGCGGCCGGUGUUUCGGGCCGGCUAUCUGCUGCGGGGAGGAGCUGGGCUGCUGGGUCGGCUCCCCGGAGGCGUCUCGCUGCGGAGAAGAGGAGUACCUGCCCUCCCCCUGCGAAGCCGGAGGGAAACCCUGUGGAGCCACCGAGGACGGACGCUGCGCAGCGCCGGGCAUCUGCUGCGAUACCGAGAGUUGUGCGCUGGACGCGGAGUGUCAGGACUCGGACUCCAGAGCUCCUCCCCCCCGGCCGCUCGCUGAGCUGAGCCCCGCCCUCAUGGCUCCCUCCCCAGCGGAGUUCCUCCUGCGCCUCCUGCAGCACAGCGGACGCCCGCGGAGCCAGUUCUAGCAGCUAGCGAGCUAGCCUAGCCUAGCGCCCUCUGGUGGCGUGGCAGGCAGGCGACAUGGCAGCUUCGGCUUGGCUUGCAGCGGGCACCACCAGCCCCGUGUCUAUAUUAUAUUAUAUUAUAUUAUAUUAUAAAGCGCCACAUUACUGUA